AUUAACCUUAAGACCUAACAAUAAGCUUAAUACUUCAUAUAGUAUAAAUAUUAUGUAACUAAUAUGUAAUAAUUGCAAAUUCACCUGUUUAAAUCAGACUCUUUCCUGUACAGCAUCAGCCGGCCAGGCAGGGAUUGGUGGGUGUGAUAUCUCAUCUGGUGCUGGCCCUGGCAAAAAGGAGGAGUGCCCACAGGGAAUUACCGAUUCUAAGAAAUGUAAAAGCCUCAGUGUGUUGCUUAGAGCUGAGAGGGCAGUUCACAGGGUUCCCUCAGUUAGGAAGUGGCUAGAAGAAGUGGAUUGACUGACCUGCUCCCUGUAGCCCACGGGAAAUCCUUCGAACAUGUUUAGCCGGUUGAAAAGGUUGUUGGGAGCUCGUGACCCUUCGACUGCCCAUUCAACCACUCCUUCAACCACACCAGCUCCUCCAGCCAAGGAGGAGACAUUACCAGAAAAAAAAGAUGACAUAGAAGAAGAGCCAAAGACAACAAGUGAAAAGAAAGAGGCAGAGAAAAAUGUUGAGGAAAAAGAAGAGGAAAUUAAGGAAUCGAAAAAGGACGAUGGGCCCAAGAAGGAAGAACCGGCGACCGAUCCUGCUCCAGCUGUUCAGGCUCCAGCUGCUGCUCCAGCUCCUGCCACCCCAGUAAAGCCAGACGGGGCUGAAGGCGGGGAGCCCCCUUCCUCUCCUCCUGUUGUCUAUUCCCGAUACGCAGAUGAGGUCCUAAGAAGUGUUGUAAAGAGCCUAAGAGAACGAACUGAACUGCUCAAAGAAAAGGUUAUAGACCCUUACGCCACGUCUCCAGAUAUCACCCCACCUGUUACGCCUGUUCUGAGAAAAGAGGACUAUGUCAGACAGAAAGAAGAGGAGCGGAUAGCGAAAGAAGAAGAAGACAGAAAGAAGGCAGAGGAAGCAGCCAAGAAGGCAGAGGAGAAAAAGAAAAAAGAUGAGGAGAAAAGAAUAGAGGCUGAGAAGAAAACAGAGGAGGAGAGGCUAGCGGAGGAGGUCAGGAGGAAGGCAAAGAUGCUGCCAGACAUCAGCUGCUCAUGCUUUGACGUCCUCUUCCAUCCAGUGGAGAAGAUGAUGGAUACAGUGUUGGGAAGCACCAUUGAUCCCUUCACAGAUCGUCGGUACAUCGGCUGGUUGACAGUCGUAGCCGUUGCUUAUAACUACAACGUCUGGCUCAGCCCGGUCCGGCUGGCCUUCCCUUACCACAGCCAAACUACCAUUCCUUUCUGGAUAUUUUUUGACAUCCUCUCUGACAUUGUCAAUGUCAUUGACAUCGUGGUUUGGCAGCCCCGACUGCAGUUUGUCAAAGCUGGAGACAUUAUUAAAGACAGAGCUUUGACUAAAGUACAUUAUCGGAAAUCUUAUCGAUUUAAGACGGACAUUUUUAGCAUCAUCCCCUUUGACCUUCUCUCUCUACACUUCGGAUUCUCCUCCAUAUAUAGAUUCAACCGCUUCAUCAGGAUAGAGUCUUUCUUUGAGUUCAGUGAUCGCCUUGAAAGCAUAAUGGCCAAAGCUUACAUCUGGAGAGUGGCCCGUACCACAGGUUACCUGCUUUACAUGCUCCAUCUCAAUGCCUGUGCUUUCUACGUAGCCUCAGUGCACCAGGGUCUGGCAUCGACCACAUGGGUGUAUGAUGGAAAAGGCACAGCGUAUCUACGUUGCUAUUACUUUGCAGUACGCAGCCUUAUCAACAUAGGGGGCCUCCCAGAACCUGUGACUCUGUUUGAGAUCACCUUUCAGAUGACCAACUUUUUCAUUGGUGUCUUUGUGUUCUCCAGCCUCAUUGGACAGAUGAGAGAUGUCAUAGGAGCGGCCACGGCAGCUCAGACAUACUUUCGGGCGUCUAUGGACGGCUGCGUCGCCUACAUGAACACUUACACCAUUCCAAAGUUGGUUCAGAACAGAGUCCGAACCUGGUACAACUACACCUGGGCAUCUCAGGGAAUGCUAGAUGAGUCGGAGCUUCUGGACAAGAUGCCUCUUGUAAUGCGAAUCGCCAUUGCGGUGGAUAUAAACCUGGCAACCUUCCAGAAGAUCCAGCUCUUUCAGGGCUGUGACCAGCAGAUGCUGGUGGACAUGUUGCUGAGGCUGAAGUCCAUCAUCUACUUACCAGGAGACUUUGUGGUGAAAAAGGGGGACAUCGGUAAGGAGAUGUACAUCAUCAAAAGUGGAGCAGUGCAGGUGGUGGGAGGACCCGACAACAGCAUUGUGUUUGUGACGCUGAAGGCAGGCUGCGUGUUUGGAGAAAUCAGCUUACUACAAUCUGCUAAAGAUGGAGGGAACAGACGGACAGCUAACGUAAAAGCGUAUGGCUUUGCAAACCUGUUUGUUCUGGAAAAGAAAGACCUGUUUGAUAUCCUUGUCCACUACCCCGAGUCUCAGAAAGUUCUGGCCAAGAAGGGAAGGCAACUGAUGAAAACCAAAGCUGCAGCAGGGGCUCCAACCAAAGAGGACAAGCAGAAAGGGUUAGCCCUGUUUGGACAAAAACCUCCAACACCAAAGCUCCUCAAAGCAUUUGCCAACCUGCGAAAGCUCAAGAAAGCUGCAGAGGAGGAGAAUAAAGAACAGAAUAAUUAAGAUACGUCACCAUUUACUGUACAGUUAUUUUGUAAACAUAUCACAUUUCUUUUGAUCAUAGAGUUCUUCGUGAGAUUUUGCAUUAUUUCCCUUUGACAUUGUAAGGAGAGCUUCUGCCCACUGAAGACGUCAUGCCUCAGCACUCCGUUUUCAUGGAUUUGAUCAUGCUAAAAUACCCCAUUUUAAAUAAUUGCAUUAAAUUUUAAUGAAUAAUAGAAGAAAGACAAUAAACAGGACAGAAAAAAUUUAAUUAGAUUUAAUCUAACUUAGAGAAGAACAAAUUUUACAGUACUGGGCUUAAAUUGUCUUGUACAAGCACUGGGAGCAAAAAAAGAAGAUGAGCCAAGAAAAACAUUAGUUGAUCCUUCUGGGCAUGUCUUCUAUGUUGUCUGGCAGGUGAAUGGUCAUUGGUUAGGCGUCUGUUUUUUGUUUUUCUGACAAACCUGCCUUGGCUCCCUGCUGAGACUACUACCUGCAGAUAUUUAUGAAAAUAUCAUCUCUUUGCCAGAUUGGUUCUUUAGAACAUCGACUUCAUUAUGUUUUAUCAAUAUGGGUUGUUAUAUCUACUUACGAUGCUCUGUGUGUUCCCAUUUCUUUACCCUAUUCUUGUGACUUCAUCCUGAUAAAAAGGGACUACUUCUCCUUAUUUGACUGCUUAGGGAGAUUAAACAACACCUCAGCAUAUGUACCUUAUAGUACUACAGAAGACAAACAAUGUAAUUUAUGGAGAUGUAUACAUAGCUGUUAUCUUAUGUAAUGGUCAAAGUAUAACAAACAUCUUUGGGAUUAAUAAAGAAUAAUCUUAACAAGAUUAGAAAGAAAACAACAAAGACUAAUGGAACAACUACACCUGGGCAUCUCAGACUAUUGUGACGAUUGUCCUUGUAUCCCCAUAUUCUUAAUAUCCUCAGUUAUUUUAUAAACUGUGUCUUGGUUAGAUUUUUUUUUUUUUUUUUUAUCAAAGUGUCAAGUUGUAUUAUGGCUUAAUAGGAGGUGAUCAUGAUUUACCUUUUCAACAUAUAAGAGAACUGCAGUGUUUGCUUUUGGUAAAUGUGUUUCCAAAAGUUUCACACCUAAACUUGAGGUUGCUGGUUUAUAAAACCAUAGGGUUUCUAAUACUGUGGGAUAUUCCCAUUGCUUGUCAUCAAACCAAGAUGAAUCAGAUGUAAUGCAGGUUCAUUAAAAAAAAAAAAAACAUCUUUGCCAGAUCUCACUCUAAUGCACAAUAUUUGCUGCAUUGGCUAUAAGCUCCGUUCAUUGCAGAAUCCAUUGAUAAUUCCUAGAAUG